CGACGCAUUUCAAAACAACUCAGAAUUCGCCUUUCUCAGAGAACUCAGAAUUUAAGCACUCAGCGCUCGCUUUUGCGUGAGAAUUCCGCAUCAGAGCUCUAGGAUUUCGGAGCCCGUUCAACAAUGGCCAAGGGGAGGUACGGUAGGUUGCAGAGCAAGAAAUGGUCUCCGUUCACGCUCGUCUUGUCGAUGCUGUUCGUGCUGUCGGUGGUGCUUCUCAUGCUCGCUUUUGGAAUCGUGUCGCUUCCGGUUAGCACCGACGGCUCUUCACCUAACGAUCUCAGCUCCUUUAGGCGGAAGAUCGUCGAGAGGUACGCAUUUCGCUCAAGUGAUGGAUUGGGGAAUAGAGGAGAGCAGUGGACGGAAGUGAUUUCUUGGGAGCCCAGAGCCUUCAUAUAUCACAAUUUCUUGUCCAAGGAUGAAUGUGACUACUUAAUUAAUCUCGCUAAACCUCAUAUGGUAAAGUCAACUGUUGUUGAUAGCGAGACUGGGAAAAGCAAAGACAGUAGCGUGCGCACAAGCUCCGGAAUGUUUCUGAGGAGAGGACGCGAUAAAAUAAUUAGGGAUAUCGAGAAGAGAAUAGCAGACUUCACCUUCAUACCUGUAGAGCAUGGGGAAGGACUUCAGGUUCUCCACUAUGAAGUUGGGCAGAAAUACGAUGCGCAUUUUGAUUACUUCGCAGAUGAGUUCAACACCAAGAAUGGCGGACAACGGGUUGCAACUCUUUUGAUGUAUCUGUCGGAUGUUGAAGAAGGCGGUGAGACAGUGUUUCCUACUGCAAAGGGGAGUAUCAGCUCUGUGCCAUGGUGGAAUGAAUUAUCAGAAUGUGGUAAACAGGGACUUGCACUGAAACCUAAAAUGGGUGAUGCAUUACUAUUCUGGAGCAUGAGGCCUGAUGCUACUCUAGACCCGUCAAGUUUGCACGGUGCAUGCCCUGUGAUAAGGGGUAACAAGUGGUCGUGUACAAAGUGGAUGCAUCUUCAAGAGUACAAAGUCUAAGUCGUUUUAUGUUAAGCCGUGCAGGUCGUCUAUGGAAGUUAGGAGAUUUACAAUCACUAACAGUGCGUAUGGUAUGGUCUGAACCGCCGUUCACUUGAUCUGCUGGUCUAACCAGUACUCAGUUUAGGGAUUUAGGGCAUGUCUUUCAGCAAGUUAUACCUUGAGAGAACAGUGUGUGUUGUACCAAAACAACAAAUUUUUACCGGGCGGAAUUUAUGUAAUUACGAAUUCUUUUUAACCUUUACAAUGUUCUCAUUAUUUCUAUAUGCUCACAUUUUCUCAAUUCUUA